AUGACAAGGUCGGCUAGACCGGUUUAUUGCCACCAUUCCGGUUCAGAAGCUAUGUCUUCCGCUCCGUCACAACCAGAGAUGUCUUCCGAGUCAUCAUCGCCUACCUCUCAAGAACAGCUCAGAACACGAGUCAUACUCGUCCCUUGGAUUAUAGGCUUCGCCACUGCCGCUCCAUCACAAGACCUCCACCACCAACAACAACAACAACCACCACCACCAGCAGAUCAGGACCGGAUCGACCAAGAAAGUAUUAUAUUCACAAACGGGUUCAGAAACGCUUUUAUGGACCCGAUUAUGAUGAUUGAUGGCUAUGGAGAGUUGUUGGAAUCAGUGUUUCGUGAUUUCGGAAACAAAGAUGGGUCUUUACCGGCGUCAAAGGCGUCGAUUGAGGCGAUGCCCAUGGUGAAAGUAACAGAACAAGGGGCCGAGUGUGCGAUUUGUUUGUGUGAGUAUGAAAUUUGUGAGGAGGUUAAGGAAAUGCCUUGUAGGCAUAGGUACCAUUCGGAUUGUAUUGGUAAGUGGUUGGGGAUCCAUGGGUCUUGCCCGCUUUGUAGGUAUAAGAUGCCUGUGGAGAAUUCGGAGGAGAGUAAGAAGUUAGGUGGUGGUGGUGUGGAUGAUGAAGAUUGGAGAUUUGGGGGAGAUAUUCGGGUUGUUUUUAGUAAUUCCGAGGAUGGUGCCGCCGGCGAAAGUGAUGGAUCAUCCACAUGA